CCCAUAACAACAUCAUUGAGAAUGAGACGGAGGUUGGAUGUCUCCGAGAGCGUGACGACGACGGGAUGCAAACCGGCAACUGCUUCCGAUGCCGUCAAACCGGCCACUGGAUCAGCGAUUGCCCUCUCAAAUCGAAAGCCGAUGACGAUCCUCCUCCACCGUCGAUCCACUGCCCUUGCGGCGGAGGUCUCUGCGAAACCAAGCUCUCGAACACUAAAGAGAAUCCCGGAAGGAGAUUCUACAAAUGCCCUGCUGCUCAGAAGUGCACCUUCUUCAAGUGGUGUGACAAAGCAACCGACGAAGAUAUCAGAUUCCGCCCCGCCUUCACCAUCCCCGAUUGCCCCUGCGGUUCUGGACCUUGCCGGAGAGUCGUAGCUGAUUCUGGACGAGCUUACUUGCAAUGCGGCGUCAAAAAGGGUUUUGGGGCUUGUGGAUUCUUCAAAUGGGUGGAUGAUGUUGAGGUGAGGUGUGAUGCAGCUGAUGAGAUUGGUUUCUGGGAGGAAGCUGAUCUUGUUUUGAGUGAUGUGGAAAGCAGCUUCCUGGCUGCUGCUGCUGGUGUACCGGAGAAUACAGAGGAUGACUCUUCUGUUUCUGAUGUACAUUCUGCUCCUGCUGCUGUGAACCAAGGUUUCCUUAUGUCUGAACCCGUUGUGAUUGAACCUGGAGAGAAACUACAUGGUGAUUGUGCUCUUUCCAAGCUGAGUGUAGAUGAAGCAACAAGUGGUUUGGGCAGAGAUACGGUCUCUAAUGGUUCUGUGGCGAAACGUGAGAUGAUAUGCUAUGAGCAACCUGUUGAAGAAGCUGAGUGGUCAUUCCCCGAUUUGGAUGACCUAAUGGAGCAGUACAACUCAGAGAAGCUUCAGCUGGAGAGUGUUUCAGCGAAACAUGUGCAGGUGUUGAGUGAGUUUAUGAGUUCAUACAGUCGACUAAGGCUACUUCACGAGAAAACUGGUAAUUUGAGGAAACUGUUGCUUGAGACGGAGAAGGAGAUGGCUAGUUGUGAGGCCGAGGCAUUGGAGCUUGGAGCGAGUUGCCGGGAAGUGGCUGGAGAGAUGGCUGAGGCUCAGAAUAGGAUGCAGGUGAUGGCAGCGAUACUAGGAGAUGAAGUGGAAUUAUUGAAGCAGAAAGAGUUUGUUGGUAGGAAGAGAAGAAGAUGUUGAGGUUGCAUGCGAGUGUCAUUGUAAGUGUUGGAAUGUAACUAUUACUGGUUACACUUUAUUUUAGCCAAGUAAUUAAUAAAUUCAUUUAACUCCUUAAUUCA